AUGUCAGAGCUUAAGUUCUGUUCCCGGAGAUCUCCAGUGAUUUGCACCAAUGCCUGUGUUGCAUCAAGCCAGCCUCUUGCCACAAACAUUGGCCUUGACAUUUUAAAGAAUGGCGGCAAUGCUGUUGAUGCUGCAGUGGCUGUAGCAGCUGCUUUAAAUGUCACUGAACCAUGCAGUACUGGCAUAGGUGGAGAUUGCUUCUGCCUCUACUAUGAUGCAAGCACAAAGCAGGUGCAUGGCCUCAAUGGAAGUGGCCGGUCUCCGCAGUCCCUAUCAAUUGAACUGCUAAAAGAACAUGGCUUCAGUGAAGCAAAUCCUCCACCUGCAUUGCACGCAUAUAACGUAACAGUGCCAGGUGCUGCAGCUGGCUGGUGUGAUGCUGUUGCGCUGUAUGGAAGCCAAAAGCUUUCCAUGAGAGAUAUUCUGCAGCCAGCAAUAGAACUGGCAGAAAAUGGUUUCCCUGUGUCAGAAAUUACUUCAUACCAGUGGAAGAUGAAUGCUUAUGCUCUUCAGACACCAGGAAACAAACAUGGGAAGGACCUGCUAAUUGAGGGCCAAGCACCUGAUCAUGGUCAACUCUUCUACAAUCCAUUUUUGGCAAAUACUUUUAAAGAACUGGCAAAAUCUGGCAGACAAGGGUUCUAUGAAGGCCGUGUAGCCCAAGCUAUUGUGGAUGUCAUUCAGAGUAAUGGUGGGGUAAUGGAUUUGGAAGAUCUGAAAAGCCAUGGCACUACAGAACUCAAACCAAUUGUCACAAAUUAUAAGGGUCUGAAAAUCUGGGAAAUCCCUCCAAAUGGGCAAGGAAUCACAGUUCUGUUAGCCCUGAAUAUUUUAGAAAACUUCAAUGUGAAAGAAAUGGGUCAUAAUACUGCCGAAUAUUUGCACCUUCUAACUGAAGUUCUGAAAAUCAGCUUUGCUGAUAGUUUCUGGUUCUGUGCAGAUCCAGAAAAAAUUCCAGUACCUACAGCAAAACUCCUUUCAAAAUCUUAUGCCAAGGACCGUUCAAAGCUAAUUGAUUUACAGAGAGCGGCUACCAGAUAUCAUCAUGGAAAUCCUUCCCCACUUGGAAAUGACACUGUUUACUUCACAGUGUUGGAUGCUCAAGGGAAUGCCUGCUCUUUCAUUAACAGCAACUAUAUGGGAUUUGGCACAGGGCUGGUGCCAGAAGGCUGUGGAUUUACAUUACAUAACAGAGGAGCUAAUUUUUCACUAAAGCCUGACCACCCAAACUGCCUAGCACCAAGGAAGCGGCCGUAUCACACCAUUAUACCUGCACUGGCCACUGCGGCAGAUUCAGGAGAGCUCCUGUGUUCCUUUGGAGUAAUGGGUGGAUUCAUGCAGCCCCAAGGACACAUACAGGUCCUAUUGAACAUGUUGGAAUUUGGAAUGAAUCCACAAGAGGCUUUGGAUGCUGCUCGUUUUUGUGUGGAAUAUGAUAAAAAAGGCCAUGUAUGGCACGUGUCCCUGGAAGAUGGUAUCCCUCAGUGCAUCACAGAAGAAUUGAGAGCCAGGGGUCAUGCUGUCACAGCACCUGUAACUGGGCACAGCAGGAGCAUGUUUGGAAGAGGUCAAAUUAUCGCCAAAGGAGACUGGUGGAGGCGGACACAGCUGUCUUCUAAAAAUGUAAUCUGGGCUGGAUCUGACCCUCGAGCUGAUGGGUGUGCAUUAGGAUACUAG